UUUCCCAUCGAUUCACACACCCAGUAAAGGCCAUAAUAUGGAGCCCGUCUAUCCAGCUGCGCCUUUGGAGGCGCCCAAGGGAUCCGAAGCCGCUGUGCAGCAGUCGGCAGCGGAGCACCAACAGCUCCUGCCUCCGGCGCCACCGAGCUACGACCAGGCCACAACCAUUCCGGCCGAGACCACGGGACCAGCUCCGGACAGACCAGCCUCGACGGUCCCCAGCAGCACCGCCCAGCACACGGUUGUGGUGGUGCCCAGUUCACCCUACGGCCCGGAACCCAUGGAUGUGCAAUGCCCUCAUUGCCAUAACUACGCCCGCACACGGGUCUCCUACCGCCCCAAUUCGCGCACCCAUCUGAUAGCCCUGAUAUUGUGCCUGUUCCAGUUGUACUGCUGUGUGUGCCUGCCGUAUUGCAUUUCCAGCUGCAUGAACACGAAUCACUACUGUGGCAUGUGCGAUCGUUAUUUGGGCACCUACGAUCGCAAAUGAGAUACAAAGGAGUUCUGCAAUUUGUACACAUUUUCUUCAAGUAAUUAGUUAAUAAAUGGUCAGCAGCAAGCCAACUGAACCAAAA